CGUACUUGCCUUUCAGCCUCCAGAGUGAAGAAACUGACUCUCCUGUUGCCGGCAUGUCGAGUUUGCUCAGCAUCGCGGUCCUGCUGGCUGUGGCCUCCGGCGGCUUUUGUGAGAAGGUGUUCCUGCAGCGAGCCGGCAAAGACUUCAACAGCAGACAGUACAGCUCUGUGCUGACUGUGAACAACGGAGAGAGGUUUGGAGACUGGACCUGGCCUGAGAUGUGUCCUGAUAACUUCUUUGCUGUUGGAUUCAGUGUCAGGGUGGAGACCGACCAGUACGGGGGGGACGACACCGCCCUGAACGGGAUCCGCCUCAUCUGCUCCCAGGACGAGAGCCGCAGCUUCCUGUAUUACGUCGAGUCACACACUGGACAUACCGGAGAAUGGUCCCAUCCUCAGUACUGCCCUGGCGGCGUGCUGACAUCUUUCCAGAUUCGCGUGGAGCCCCGCCAGGGACUGUUAGGAGACGACACGGCCGUCAACAACAUCAAGUUCCGCUGCAGCAGCAACCCAACGCUGGAGGCGCCCGGCAUGCAGUGGGGCGACUACGGCUACUGGAGUGAAGACUGCACCAACGGAGGCAUCUGUGGCAUAGAGACCAAGAUGGAGGAGUACCAGUGGGCCCUGGACGACUCUUCUCUCAACGACGUCCGGCUUUUCUGUUGUAACAAAUCUCAGCAGUGAUCAACUGAUUCUAGAACAUCUUUGAUACCUUCCAACUAAAGAGCAUUACAAUUGGAAAGCUAUAAUAAAACACCUUUAAUCACAGAUCUUUGGUGGAUUGCUUUCAAAAUCCCAUUUUCUGCAGUUUUGCACAAAAAAAGUUAAAUCAAACCUAUUUCACCAAUAUUAAUAAUCCUAAAAAAAUAAGAACUCUUCCUUGUUGGACGUGGCAAACUAUUCGCCUCUUGUUCAGGUGAAGACCUCAGCAGUGUGAGAGUAUUAUCACUUAAUGUCCAAUGAGGCUUCAGCAAAGUCAGAAGAAGCAUAAGGUGCUGAUGUAAGCCUUUCACUGAACUCCUGCCGCGGCUGAGGUAAUUACCAAAUGACAGGAGAGUUGGUGCUAAUUAAUUUACAGUUUAAGUCUGACAAAGGUUGAUAAGACACCGACUGGAAACCACAGAGGUAAUGGUUCUAAUUAAUCUGGGAGGAGUUAAUCGGCUAACAGAGUGUGUGUGCCGGGUCAGGGGGGAGAACUUGAGGAGGUUAUCUAACAAUGAGGUAAUGGUUUUUCAAAGAUUUUGCAAAUCAAGACAAAGUGAUUCCAGUCUUUGGAUGCCGCUGCGUUGCCCCUCGGCUGUGAUAAUGAAUGCUCCGGUCCAGACCACAUAUUAAACUUCGGAGCUCACUGGCCGGAGACGGAGGCUUAAGUGCACUUUGUUGGCCCUCAUGAAAGAAUGAAGAUGAUCAUGUCAGCUGGAUAAAUGCUGCGUCACUGAUUUCUGUCUGCUGUUUACUUUUAGCUAAAAUGAAGUCUGAGAGUCCAGAAAGUCAAUCACUGCUUUAAGUCCAGAAAUGCUUUUUGCCCAUUCCUGCUGUAUUAGAUAAUGAUAGAUGGUACUAUGAGACAAAAAAGACUAAAGCAUAAGUCAACCAAUAAGACAAUAUUGUUAAAAUAAAUUGUACAAGCAACUUGCA